CGGUGUUCUCAUCGUAUGCUUGUAUAUCAAGAAAUAUGAAUAGCGCUUAUUUGUGUGAAAGAUAAUAUUUGAGAAUUGUGAAAUUGAUCUAGUGAGAGUGAUUUGAUGAACAGUUGGAUUAGUUUUGCACCAAAGACGGAUUUCCUUGUUUUUUUCUUCACGAUGGGAAAACGAGGACAAAGGCGACGGGUAAACUGCUGGUGUGUUACCGGGAUUUUGUUGCUUUGCUUCUUGGAGCGGGUUAUGGCUCAGCUGAGAUAUGCUGUUCCAGAAGAAGUACGAGCUGGAUCCCCCGUUGGAAAUGUUGCAAAGGAUUUAGGCUUGGACAUUAGCACUUUGAAAGACAGGCGGUUUCGGAUUGUUUCUGGGCCAAAUCAUGCUCUGUUCCAGUUAAAUCAAAACAAUGGAGUGCUUUAUAUCGGGGAAAAGGUGGAUCGGGAAGAGCUAUGUGAAGGAAUGAAAGUAUGCUUGAUUAACCUGAAAAUCGUUGUUGAAAGCCCACUGGAAAUACACCAUGUUGGCGUUGAAAUAACGGAUGUUAAUGAUCAUUCACCGACUUUUCCCGAAAGUGAGCAGCGACUGGAAAUAGCAGAGCACACUCCUCCAGGUACACGUUUCCAAAUCCAUGCAGCUAGAGACCCUGAUGUUGGUACGCAGUCGGUCAGACUGUACAAAUUAAACCAGAAUGAGUUUUUUGAAAUUGAAACCAGAGACACUGAAGAGGAUAAGAUACCAUUUUUAGUGCUGAAAACGCCAUUGGAUAGGGAACAAAAGGCAGAACAUUGUUUAGUGCUAACUGCUCUGGAUGGAGGCAAUCCAUCUAAAUCUGGAGGUCUCAAUCUAACGAUCACUGUGCUGGAUACAAAUGAUAAUCGCCCUGUGUUCAGCAAAGAUAUAUACACCGUGUCGUUAAACGAAAAUGCACCUAUUGGAACUCUUGUAAUAAAAUUAAAUGCUACAGAUUUAGAUGAAGGUUCUAAUAGCGAAAUAGAAUACAGUUUUGGAAAAACGCAAAAGAAGAAAGUGCAUGACACAUUUGAAUUAGACAGCGUCAAUGGCGAGAUUCGAGUAAAAGGAAAAGUAGACUUCGAAGAUACGGAGAUAUACAGACUAGAGCUGCAGGCUUCGGAUAAAGGCCAGCCACCUCUGACGGGCGGUAGUAGGGUUGUUGUAAAAAUAAUGGAUUUGAAUGACAAUAAGCCAGAGAUUGAAGUAACAUCAUUGUCAAACUUGGUCCCAGAAGAUUCCAAGCCUGGCACGGUUAUUUCUCUCAUCAGUGUCACUGACAAAGAUUCGGGCAUUAAUGGAAAAGUUAUUUGUGCAAUCUCGAAAAAUGUUCCGUUUGAUUUGACGCCAUCUAUUGAGGAAAACAUGUAUUCUCUUGUUACAAAGGGACGUUUGGACCGAGAAAUGGUGUCCCAUUAUGACAUCACAAUAACCGCUACAGACUGUGGUGAACCCCCUCUUUCCACUGUAAAAAGCCUGAGUGUCCAGGUGUCUGAUGUUAACGACAACAGACCAGUUUUCACUCAGAAUCCAUUUGAACUGUAUUUGGUAGAAAACAAUGCCCCAGGUGCAUCAAUACUGUCCGUGAUAGCUGUUGAUAAUGAUCUGGAUGAAAAUGCUGUAAUAACAUAUCGUAUAGUGAGAGGCGAUGGGCUUCAGAGUGAUGCGACAACUUUCCUUAAUGUAAAUCCAGAAAAUGGACAAAUAUCUGCGCUGAAAAGUUUCGACUUUGAAACAGUGAAAACGUUCCAGUUCCAAGUUGUGGCCACAGAUUCUGGAACUCCGUCACUAAGCAGCAACGUCACAGUGAACGUGUUCAUUCUGGAUCAGAACGACAACGCUCCAGUCAUCCUGUAUCCAGUCAGCUCCAACGGUUCUGCUGAAGGUGUGGAGGAGAUUCCCCGCAAUGUGAACGCAGCACACUUGGUGACUAAAGUCAGAGCCUAUGACGCUGAUAUAGGAUAUAACGGCUGGUUACUGUUUUCACUGCAGGAAGUGACUGAGCACAGUCUCUUUGCUUUGGACCGCUAUACAGGACAGAUCAGAACACUUCGCUCAUUCACAGAGACAGACGAGGCUGAGCAGAAACUGGUCAUACUGGUCAAAGACAAUGGAAACGUUUCCCUCUCUGCAACAGCUACUGUCAUUGUCAAAGUUGUGGAGCCCAAAGAGGCUUUUGCUGCUUCUGAUGUUAAAAGUGCAACAAACGAUGAUGAGGAGAGUAAUGUGACUUUUUAUCUCAUGAUAACUUUGGCCUCAGUUUCAGCACUUUUUCUCAUCAGCAUCAUCGUGCUCAUUGCAAUGCAGUGCUCCAAAUCCACAGACUACACUUCCAAAUAUCUACAAGAGACUAAUUAUGACGGGACACUGUGUCACAGCAUCCAGUACAGAUCUGGAGACAAACGCUACAUGUUAGUGGGACCCAGAAUGAGUAUAGGAUCUACUAUAGUCCCGGGCAGCCAUGCCAACACACUAGUGCUCCCUGACAGGAGGAGGACUUCUACAGAGGUAAGAUUUUAA